AACCCACGUUGCGUCGUUAAUAUUCUUCAGCCAAUCAGAUUCACUUCCUGGUUUGCGCCGCUUCAGCCAAUCAGCGCGCUUCUUUCUGUCGGAAAACAUGGCGCCUUGCUUUGUUUGAUUUCACUCGGUAGCUUCGGCUGUUUUUCCUUCUCCCGCUUUUCACCAUUUACAGCCAAAACGAGCAGAAUAUCGCUUUGCAUGGAGAUGCCAAGAUCUUUUGUGGUUCCCGUUCUAAGGAAAUGAGCAACGAAAACGGCAGAUCUACCAAGCUUUCUGCACUGGUGACAAAACUUCAUGAAUUCUUGGAUCAUUCGUCAGAGGAAGAAACUGCUGCAUCUGAAGUUAAUGAAAUCUCCAGUGGUAAAAUGGCCUCCAGUGAUUCAAACAUCAAUGAAGAAAUAAUGGAAAAGCCCGGAUGUUCCACUGAAGUCCCAAAGGCCACGCCACGCUCAAAAAGAAAACCCGCGGUUGUAACGAAGCACACGGCUGUAAACGAGCCUGCGUCGGCAGACGAAUGCGAGCUCAACAGCGCGGCCGAUAAUACUCAGGAUGCCACGGUGGAAAUGGAAGAGAUACCCGAAGACGUAGUUAUCGUGAAGCCAGAACCUGUCAACAAUGAAGGAAAAGACGAAUUCAAAGGCCCAGAGUUCCGUAACAAAGGGGGCAGCAAAGUCAAGGAAGAGAGUCAAAGGAGGCGUCCCGAUGAGCACCUUGAAGAGAUCAGAUGCUCAAGAGUUAAUUGCACUGCGUGCGGGCAGCAAGUCAAUCAUUUCCAGAGGGACUCUGUGUAUCAGCAUCCAAUACUCAAAGUUCUUCUCUGCAAAUCCUGUUUCAAGUAUUACAUGAGCGACGACAUCAGUAAGGAUGAAGACGGCAUGGACGAACAGUGCAGGUGGUGUGCCGAAGGAGGUAAUCUCAUGUGUUGCGACUAUUGUAGCAACGCAUUUUGCAAAACUUGCAUCCUGCGCAAUCUCGGACGGAAGGAGCUCUCUGGAAUCAUGAACGACGACGAUAAGUGGCGUUGCUUCGUGUGCCACCCGGAGCCACUCCAAGACCUCGUUGCAGCCUGCGAGAAAGUUCUGAGAAACCUGGAGUGCAUGAAAAAGCCAAAGGCAGACCACGAUAAACCGAAACGCGACAGUAUGAAGCACAAGCAGAGCAAAGUUAAAAAUACAGCCCUGAACGGGAGGGACGUGAAUUCCGAAGGAUCAGGCACGCUAACCUUCUCCUACAAAACGUUGAAGGUUCCCAAAGAACUGGUCAAAAAGACAAAGAAGCUGAUUGAGACAACAAACGGUUUGAACAACACUUUCGUGCAGUUUAUCCAGCAGGAACCCAUCUACCUUGGAGAUAACGUUGUCCGUCACAGGCACUUGAAAGCGUUUCGAUCCGUUCUGGCCGAUUUGAAGGAAGUCCACGUGUCUUUGGAGGAGGCGCUAGACCAAGAGUUCAGAGACUUGGAGGUCCAGAACGGUGAAGGAAACGAGUUAGUAGAUAAUCGUAACACAGCCAAUGCGCUUCCCAUCGCCGAGACUGUCGACCAGAGUAAAGACGACGACAACGACAAAGUGGUUCUGGAUGAUGCCACAGAUGAGGUUCCAGCAGCAUCCGAGGAUUACAUGGACGAGGAAAAUGAAGUUCCUGCCGACGUAGAAAUGAUCGAAGAAGCAGUUCCUUCGGCAGAUAUUCCGGAGGACCGGGUUCAAGAAAAUGAAGCAAAUGUGGUUAAGAGCCAAGCUGACUGUGAAGAUGGUGAAGCUGAAGAAGCUUCCCUUGACAAAGACAUUGUCUCUAUACCACCGUCUGUCCCCGAGGAACUCUUUGAGAUGGUUGAGAGUCUUUCAGAUUGCGUGAAACAAGAGGGCGAGAAGGACUCUCUUGAUUCCACGGACAGCACAUCAAGUAAGACCUCGCUGUCUGACCAAAAGUCAACCGAAUCGGGUAAGAAGUCUGCAAAGGUCAGCAAAAAGCUAGUUGUCAAGCUCACCCCCAUUCCUCUUAAAAUCACCAUAAAGAAAGAUGAAAGCAAGAAAGAGCCGAAAGAGAAGGAUGGGGCUCUGUCACCAGACGAAAGCAGGCGCUCUCCCAGGAUGAAGACCACUCCUCUGCGUAAGUCGUCCGAAGGGAGGAGUAAGGGUAGGUCAGACAAAGCAAAAGAAAAUGACGAAGACUGCAGCACUUCACAGGUUCCAGUUUCCGUCUGUCCAUCAGACUCCGACUCAGACGAAGUCCCCGAGGUUCUGCGGCAGGUAGAAGGCAUGGGGUCUGGCUCCGACGAACCGGAGGCGGAGCCUAACGGCAAGGCCGCGGGAAACAAAGAAAAGGUGAAAAAGUCCGCCGGACAAGCCUCUGAAAAGUCCGUGAAGCGUAAGCUUAUUACAUCAUCGUCAGAUACGGAUGAAAACGCAAAGUCAUCGAAAGCGAAGAAACAAGCAGCAAAAAAAAAGAAGGGCAGAGAAUCCGAUUCUUCAAAUCAUGACUCGGAUCUCGAGAAAGAGAUCAAGAGUUUAAGCAAGCUCAGCACUACAAAGAGAUCUUCCAAACGAGGCAAGAAGCAGGCGAGCGAGACCAAGGAAAAGGAGAAGGAUGACGAAGAGAGCGAGGAGGAGGAGGAGGAGGAGGAAAGCAAGGAGGAGGACAGUGAGAGCAAGGAGGCGGAUGAAGACAAGAAGGAGAAGAGCAAGAAGGUGAAGGGUAAGAACAAGAAGGAGAAGGAGGAACACAAGGAGGAACACAAGGAGGAGAAGGAGGAACAUAAGAAGGAAGGCAAAAAAGGUCGAAAGAGAUCGUUCGAGCGGAAACGGAGGUCGCAGAAGGGCAAAGAAAGCGCCGCGAAAGAUUCGUCGUCCAGCGACGAAGAGGAGGAGCAGGCAGCCGACUCCGGAGAGGACAGCGGCGAUCAGCAGAAGAUAAAACCCAUUCUCGAGUCUGUGCUGCCUCACAUGGACGCUUUCCAUCAGUCAUCAGGAGAUGAAGCCCAAGUAAAGGAGGAACCCUCUCAGGUGGUUGACGAUGACGACGACCCCGAGAAUAGAAUUGCAAAGAAGAUGCUGUUAGCGCAGAUCAAAGCCAAUUACUCCUCAGGGGAUGACAGCUCUUCAGAAGACGAAGACCUCAAAAAGGACAAAGAGGAAAAGUCUUCAACCAAAGACAAGAAUGAUGGCAGCUCUGGUGGUGAAGAAGAAGAGGAAGAAGACUCUGACUCUGGUUCGGAAGUGGACGUGAAAAAGGCCGGCCGGAGACACAAGCUGCUUCGCAAGAAGCUGACGUUAAGCGAGGCGGAUUCUGACAACGACAAACCAUCCAAGAGCAAUAAAGAGGCGAAGAGAAGAGGAAGACGGAAAGUGAGCAGUGAUGACUCUGCUGAUUCAGACUUCAAGCGAUCCGGCUCUGGUUCGGGUAGCGAGUCGGCGCUGAGCGAGGCCGUGAGUGAAGACGACGAGGACAGCAAGAGCACCAAGAGAAAAACUCGGUCCUCCAAAAAAGCAGAGAAAGACGGCGAAAGGAGUUACCAGAAAGAGAAAAAGAAAAAACGGCGACGGAUUAAGGUUCAAGACGACUCCUCGAGCAACAAGAGUGCAGAGGAAGGCGAUGACAGUGGCGAAGAAGGGGACGAUAAAGGCACACCGAAAGGCCGCAAGAAGAUCCGCAAGAUCCUGAAGGAUGACAAGCUACGCUCCGAGACCCAGAACGCGUUGAAGGAGGAAGAAGAGAGGCGUAAACGAAUAGCUGAAAAAGAGCGACUGAGAGAAAAACUGCGAGAGACAAUCGUGGUGGAGGAAUCCUCACAGAUCAACUGUCCCAUUACUACUAAAUUGGUGCUGGAUGAGGAUGAAGAGACCAAGGAGCCACUUGUCCAAGUCCACAGGAAUAUGGUGACCAAGUUGAAGCCCCAUCAGGUGGACGGUGUGCAGUUCAUCUGGGAUUGCUGUUGUGAGUCUGUUAGGAAGACUCUGAAGUCUUCUGGCUCUGGUUGUAUCCUUGCACACUGCAUGGGUCUGGGCAAAACCCUUCAGGUGGUGACGUUUCUCCACACUGUGCUCCUGUGCGAGAAACUCGAUUUCUCAACGGCUUUGGUGGUGUGUCCUCUCAACACCGUCCUCAACUGGCUGAAUGAGUUUGAGAAGUGGCAGGAGGGCUUGCAGGACGAGGAAAGCUUAGAGGUGACCGAGUUGGCCACGGUGAAGAGGCCUCAGGAGCGCGCGUACGCCCUGCAGCGCUGGCACGAAGAGGGCGGCAUUAUGAUCAUCGGUUACGAAAUGUACCGCAACCUAACGCAAGGCCGCAACAUCAAGAGCAAAAAGCUUAAAGAGACAUUCCAAAAGACCCUCGUUAACCCAGGUCCAGAUUUUGUUAUUUGCGACGAGGGUCACGUGUUGAAGAACGAAGCCUCUGCUGUGUCUAAAGCCAUGAACUCAAUCAAAACCCGGCGAAGAGUGAUCCUGACCGGAACUCCGCUUCAGAAUAACCUGAUCGAGUACCAUUGCAUGGUAAACUUUAUCAAAGAAAACUUGCUAGGCUCAGUUAAGGAAUUCAGGAAUCGUUUCAUCAACCCCAUCCAAAACGGCCAGUGCGCCGACUCCACGAUGGUCGACGUGCGCAUCAUGAAGAAACGAGCACACAUUCUCUACGAGAUGCUGGCAGGAUGCGUCCAAAGAAGAGACUACACAGCACUUACGAAGUUCCUGCCACCUAAACACGAGUAUGUGCUUGCGGUGAGGAUGAUGCCUAUGCAGUGCAAACUGUACAGAUACUAUUUGGAGCACUUUACAGGUGUCGGUUCUGCCUUGGAGGGGACGAGGCCGCGCAGGACAAAGCUUUUCCAGGAUUUCCAGAUGCUCAGCAGAAUCUGGACACAUCCUUGGUGUCUCCAGCUGGACUAUAUCAGUAAGGAAAACAAGGGGUACUUUGAUGAGGACAGCAUGGAUGAGUUCAUCGCAUCUGAAACCGAGGAGUCCUCAAUGAGCCUGACCUCUGAAGACGAAAAACCCAAAAGGAAGAAGAAACGGGGGAAAGGCAAAGGCGAGAGCUCGGACAAGUCCGACAGUGACGACGUGGAGGUGAUUAAGGAGUGGAACACGAGCUCGCGUGGGGGAAACCCAGAGGGACGGAAUCGAGCUGAGCCUGUUGAAGAAGUUCGUCCCAGUAACUCUGGUCCUGGCAGCCCGUCCCCUGACUGGUACAAGGAGUUUGUGAGCGAACCGGAUUCCGAGAUUUUGGAACACUCCGGAAAAAUGGUGCUUUUAUUUGAAAUUCUGCGAAUGGCAGAAGACGUGGAAGAUAAAGUUUUGGUGUUCAGUCAGUCACUCAUUUCCCUGGACCUCAUUGAGGAUUUCCUAGAGCUAGCAGGCAGAGCCAAGGAAGAGGGUAAAACCUCUCCUUACAAAGGCGAGGGCAAGUGGUUCAGAAACAUUGACUACUACCGACUCGAUGGCUCUACUAACGCCUUGACUAGGAAGAAAUGGGCUGAGGAAUUCAAUGACAUCAACAACGUCCGGGGUCGUCUUUUUCUCAUUUCCACAAGAGCUGGCUCUCUAGGGAUCAACCUAGUGGCAGCAAACCGGGUCAUUAUCUUUGAUGCCUCAUGGAACCCGUCUUAUGACAUUCAGAGUAUUUUCAGGGUGUACCGCUUCGGCCAAACGAAAACUGUGUAUGUGUACCGCUUUUUGGCUCAGGGAACCAUGGAGGAGAAGAUUUACGACAGGCAGGUGGCCAAACAGUCCCUGUCAUUCCGCGUGGUGGACCAACAACAGAUCGAGCGCCACUUCACCAUGAACGAACUGACCGAGCUCUAUUCGUUCGAGCCAGAUCAGCUGGACGACCCAUCAGAAAAGAAAAGCAAGAGGUCCACACCCAUGUUACCCAAGGACCCUGUUCUGGCUGAGCUACUUCACAACUUUAAAGAUCAGAUUGUGGGCUACCACGAGCAUGAUUCCCUGCUGGACCACAAAGAGGAGGAGGCUUUGAGUGAAGAGGAACGUAAAGCCGCCUGGGCCGAGUACGAGGCAGAGAAAAAGGGUCUCUCCAUGCGCUUCAACCAGCCGGCAUAUUCUUCUGUAGGCAUCGGAGGAACGUCAAACUACUUCCCCUUCAACGUGGCAGCUCUGGCCUCCAUGUCCAACCAGCAGCUGGAGGACCUGAUCAACCAGGGUCGACAGAAGGUAUUGGAGGCCACCAACGUUCUGAAGUCUAUGCCCCAGGAGUCGCUUGAGGAUAUUGUCGGGCAGGUGUGGAAGGAGAAUCCCAAUCUGUCAGAGGCCCAGGUGCAGGGCAUGGCUCUGGCCAGACAGGCAGCCAUCGACAUGGAGCUGAAACACAGAGAGGCCGUGUACAGAGACAUUCUCAACAAGCAACAGACGCUGAUGAUGUACGUGCAGAAGGUGAUCGCCAAUCGCAAGGUUCAGGAGCAGCAGCUGGCGAUUGCCAGGCAGGGGAUCCUGAUGAACCAGCUGGCCAUUCAGAAUGGCAUCACUGGGGGAAUGAGUCAGAUGGACCUGCUGGGCCUAUACCAACAGCUGGGUGCCCUCCAGGGUCUGCCAACCCCCCAGAUAGGCAAGAACCCAGGGCCUUCAAAGGGCCUGUAAAUGCCUGUGCUCCUUUUUGUUUUUGGCCAGCUCCUCUGUGGGCAUCCCAUAAAAACACGCUUGGACCCUUUUUGCCCCUUUUGAGCUCCCGUAAAAAAUUCUGGGAUGGAUAUCUAGAAGACUUUGGCAGUAUGGUUUGUAAUUCUCUGUAUAUACAGCCUUAGUGUUUUGUUUUAUUCCUUUUUUUUUUCCCUCAACAUAUUUAAAAUAUUCUCCCAAAAUGCUUUUAAGCAUUGCAUUGUUCUUUUCCCCUUAAAUAAGGGCUGUGCAUUAUUUGAUUUCUUUUUUUUUUAUUUUGUUUUAUACAGGUCAAGAGAAAAAAAGAAAAAAAAAAAAAAGCGUCUAAGAACUUACAACCUCUGUGGACCAUUGUGUUGCUCAUUACGUAUGUUCUAAGUGAUCUAGAAGAAUAGUACUUGGUACUGCAUAAUAUCUGUCUACUAGUGGAUGAUCAGUGGUGCUGUGAAAGCCCAGUGCCCAAGAUGCACUGUUCUAAACACCUUAAACAAAAGGAGGGGGGAAAAAAAUGCAGUGAUGGCCUUAACAUCGACAGUUUGUUGUUUUCAAACACACUGAACAGACUCUUCUUUUCUAUUACGCUUUUAGGCUUUUACACUUGUCGUUGCUUAACUUGUAAUGGAAUGCCCGUGUUGUUAAAACUGCUUGCCAGGUUUCCUGGACUUUUGUAACUUCUGAUUCCUUGUUGUAAAGUGAUGCCUAGCAUAGUGUCGUACUGUUCAUUUGUUUCGAUCCUCUCGUCUUAGCAGGUUCUCGUCUCUCUGAGAUGACUGGUUGUGCUCCUUGUAAUUUAAAGGCAACUUUUAAUGGUUAGGCUGCAUCUGUCUUAUAAUGCUAACUAACCAUAUUAGGCUGGCCCUCAGGCUACCAUAAUCUCCUUUCAGCACAUUUUCGAAGUGACCUAGAUCUUUCUAAUUGGACUCUAGAUUGCACAGGGUGCAUUUCAGAAACGUAGAUCAACUUUUCAUUUUCCUCACAAUGUUCUCAUGUUAGCAAAUAUACCCACUUGUUUUGCCAUUUAUCUGAGCUACUAUUUACUAGAAUAAGUAUUUAAUAUUACAUUUAAAUAAAGUGACCAAAAGGGUGAUUUGCA